AACAUAUGGAGUAUCACAGAAAAUGAAAAUAUACAGAACAAAACAACACUAAAUCUUUCUUGGAAAAACAGUACCCAAGAAGUUAAAAGCAGAAUAGAUCAAAUAUGGGUAUCAGAUAACUUAGCAGAACAACUCUUUUGUGCAGAUAGCAUACCCUCAGAUUUGGAAAGUCACAGGGACCAUGCAUGUGCAAUAGUAGAAAUAGAAGACAAUAUUCUUAAAUAUACUAAAUUUAUAGCAGAUUCAGAUAAUAUUCUAAAUAAGAUAGAAUUUAACUUCAAGGGAACAUCUGAAAAAAAAUGGAAAAAAUUCAAAUUAAAGAUUGAAUUAAUUAAAGCAGAAAAUACUAUCUUUGGAUGA